GUUAUAGUGUGAAUAGUCCACAAACCUAUUCACGAUGGUCCGCGGAUUCAGUAUUGUAUUUGUCUUUUCCGUUUACUUGUAUCUGAGUAAAGUAUUAGAAUGUGAUUCUCUUUCGAGAACUCGAUGCCCGACCAUACAACUAAACAACGGUCGAGUAAGAUUGCGGUCUUCAGGACGGGUAGCGAGGAUUACUUGCCUGCCGCCGUUCAAAUUGGUUCGUGGUAACGAGAUAGCGACUUGUGUUCGAGGGCAAUGGGACACCGAGAAUCCGAUUUGCGCUAGAGAAGGUUGUCCUAUUCAAGAUCUAAUACCUCAUGGAAGAUUAGAUGUUCUCAAUCAAGGUGCUAAGUUAGAAGUGAUAUGCGAUUUUGGAUAUACAAUAGAUGGUCCAAGUUAUGUUUAUUGCAAUGAAGAUUUGGAAUGGAAUGAAGAAUUGAAAGGAUGUAAAGAACAUGAUCAAAUAUAUUUAUCCUGUGACUUCGAAUCGUCAGAUGAAAGAUUUUGUGGUUGGAAAAAUGAUAUUUUUAACGACAUUGAUUGGUUGGCUGAUAAAAUGUCAUUCAUUUUAUUUGUUAGCAGGCGUCACGUACCACCAGGGUCUUCUGAAUAUUUUAAAAGUAAUUAUAUAUCAUUGGAUGCUGGAAAUUAUGGUUCAACUACUACAGGGCGAUUGUUAUCACCGCCAAUUAGCUCAGUUAGAAGUAAACAAAGGUGUUUAAUAUUUGCAUAUAAAGUAUUGUCAGGAAGUUCAAACGGUCCUCCUAUUCUAAAAGUCAUUUUUGGUGGCAUACCUCACUGGGAAACUCACGAAGGAGAAGGAAGAGCUAUAAUUGGAUUGUAUAAAUUUAAUACUACUUCUAGAAUCGUAAUUGAAGGGAAAAGUUGUAGGGCAGCCAUUGAUAAUAUAGUUAUUACAGAGGGUGAUAGUUGUAAUAAUCUUCCGUACGAAGAAGAGGUAAACAGUUGUCAUGAUAACUGUGGAAAAAUAACGGACGGUAGGUGUUCAUGUGAUUGGGAAUGUUUUAAUAAUCAAAACUGUUGUUCAGACAUUCAAAUUAAAUGUCCAUAUAUCAAACCAAUGGAUAAUAUCACAAGAUUAUAUUUAACUACUUCAACUACUGCUACUCCAACCACGGCUACUAAUCCAGUAAAAAAUAAAAUAUUAAAUAUAACCGUUUUAAACAUAACAACUUCUAGUCCUUUAAUAACAACUACCAAAAAUGGACCCAACGAUACAAUAACAAUUGAUAAAGUCACCACAGUAAGCGAUGUUAAAUAUUUGAACACUACAUCUACAUCUACAUCUACACCCGUGUCUAUGACAAAUUCAACAACGAAGUCUAUAACCGUAUUAAUUCCAUCAACUACUACAACAUCCACCGAAGGACCAAAAAUUGCUUUAGUUUCUAAUUCUACAACAUUUCGUUCUAUUGAUCCCAAUAAUAUUACUACGAGUUUGAUUCCUAAAGUGUCGACAGUUCUUCCAAGUAUAGUGGUAAACAAUCAAAGUAAUUCCUCAAAAAUAAUCAAUACACCUUCUACGACUUUAAUCCCUAAUAUUUCUAGCUCAUCAACUGAACAUUUAAUAAAAAAUAAAACUAUACUUAUGACUACGAUACUACCUAAUGUUUCUCAUACAAUUUCCAGACCAGAUAGACUUAAUCCUAGCAUAAAAGUGAUUUCUAUUCCUAAUGUCAUAAUCACUAAACCUGUGAUGGAAAAUUCUCCUUUGAUAAAUAAAACUUCUGUUAAUUAUUCUAACUCAACCGUUAAACCACUUUUUACAUUUCCAAUAGUAUCUAUUGUAAAACAAAUCAAUUCAUCUACCAUAGCCACUAAAUAUUUAGUGGAAAAUUCCACGUCCCCUACGGCAUUAAUAAAUAAUUCUACUAAAUCAUCAAUUAAAUCAAGUGUACCAAACAAUGUUGAACAGUUGAGUAAUAAAUUACUUAACACUCAACAGACCAAACAGAAUACCGCGAUUAAUGAUAACAAAACAACGUUAAAUAGUUCAACGACUCGUGUACCGAGUGGUGUCGCAUAUUUAAACGACUCCAUUGUUCCUGAUAAAAAAAUGGCUGUCUUUGAUAUCUCUCGUUCAAAUCCCAACUUAAAACAAUUUGAAUAUAGUAGAAUUUUAAACAAUAAAAAUGUUCUUAAUAUAACAACCGAGUCUUAUUAUCAUUUGAAUUUGAGAAAUACUAGUAUACCCUUAAAAAAUGAAAAGCCAAUAAUAAUUUUAAAACACGAUAAAUCGGAAUUAAACAAUUUGGUUUAUAAUCAUUCUAUGCAAAACUUUGGUAAUCAGUUGGCAGAACAUGCAAAACAAAAUGAAAACGAGAAAUCUUCUUACACAUUUGGUACUGUUACAAUUAUCAAAUAUAUCGCUGCCCUAAGUAUUGUACUUCUCACUUUUAAGUUCACUCUGUCCUUUAUAUUGUCGCGUUUUAAUAAACCUUCUAGUGAUGAAAUGGAUGAGCGUUUCAUUGAAACGGAUACUGAAAGUUCUUGUAACAUGGAAUUAACGACGAAUAGUAACAAAUGAAUAAUUUAUGUUUUAAGUUUAUUUAUUAAUUGUUUUAAUACAUUAUGAUAAGGUUUAUCUCAUAUUAUUCGUGUUCAAUAUUUUAACUAAUAUAUAUGUAUGAAUUAAUUUUUAUUUUUUAGAUGUACAUAAAGUAAUUCAAUGUAAA